AUGUUUGUUGUUGUCCACAGGGCCGUGUUGAGUGUCCUCCCAGCUGGUGUUUUAGAUGCUGAUCUCCUGCACAGUGAAGAUGAGGACUCCUCUGUCUGCAUCACCGGUCUCUCUCACAAGGCCAAGGCAGCCGGGGGCUUCCUGUAUUUCAGCAGGAGCGUGCUGAACCAGCCCACAUCGUACCGUCCCAGGCUGCUGCUGGCGGGGCGUCCUGGGUCAGGUCAGAGCAGUCACCUGGCCCCCGCUGUGCUCCAUGCCCUGGAGAAGUUCACAGUUUACACCCUGGACAUGGCCGUGCUGUUCGGAGUCAGCACCACCUCUCCAGAGGAGGCCUGCGCUCAGAUGUUCAGGCCAAGUGGACGUCCCCCAGUAUCCUUUAUGAACAUCCAGCGGUGA